UUGCUGCGCACGCACGGCCUGCUAGCCGCGUCCGGAGGUGAGUGCCACUGGACAUAGGUGAAGGCGAGCGGGGGCGAGCGGGGGCGGUGCGCGGGCGCGGUGUCGCGCGGCAUGCGGCGCCGCCCGCUGCUGCUGCUGCUGCUAGCGUUGCUGCGCACGCACGGCCUGCUAGCCGCGUCCGGAGAAGCCGAUUAUACACUGGAUGAUUCAUUUUGGAGCGAAGACGGGCCCUUUGGUAAUCUUCCGGAAGACGCAAAAUCUGAUGGGACGAAGACGCGGUCGGUAGCGGCGGGAGGCGCCGGGGCGCAGAUGCUGUCCGUCUGUGACGUCAUCAAGUGUGACGUAGCUAACAAGACCUGGAUAGACAAAGAGGUGGAGCGGCUGUUGCGUGGGUACCGACAGAACCAAGACCUGGUGCGCAACAUCGCCGGCCACUACUACCAGAUCAUCUACCCCGUGCAGCUGCGGCACCACGAGAAGAUGGGCAUCUCCACCAGGGAAGUCAGCACGCCGAAGGGUCGGUUUGGAUCGGACUACCAGCAAGGGACGAGAAUGCGCGCAAGGACCGGCAAGCACUUUCAUCGCACAUCACUUCUCAUCAAAGCCUUCAAUCACAAGUUCCGUCUAGAUCUCGAGCUUAACACGCAACUCCUUGCCCCAAACCUGAAGCAAACACAAUACCUCGCGAACGGUGCUGAAAGUGAAGUUAGAACGGAGAUCGAGCACUGCUACUACCACGGCACAGUGAAGGACUACCCGGGCGCGUCAGCCGCCUUCCACACAUGCAACGGAGUGUCGGGCGUCAUCCACAUCGGCAACGAGACCUUCGUCAUUCAUCCCUUCUACGGCGGCGAUCUAUCGAAACACCCUCAUGUGAUCUUUGAGGCGCGCACCAAGAUGAACCGCGGCUGCGGCAACAAGCUGGAGCAGAACAACCAGAAGUCGGGGCGGCGGACCAAGCACAUCGAGUACAUACAGACAGCCCUCGCCGACGCUACCGAUUAUACUGGUCGGGCGGUGGACUGGUGGCAGCAAGGUCUCAGCACAUACGCCAUACGGAGGUUCAAGCGCGACGUGCGGGAGACCACCAAGUACAUCGAGACGGCGCUGGUCAUCGACCGCGCCAUGUUCGAGAACAGGAACGGCAGCACGCGCUCCGAGGUGGUGCACGAUGCCAUACAAGUUGCCAACAUCGCUGACCUGUACUUUCGCACGCUCAACACGAGGGUCUCCGUGGUAUACAUCGAGUCCUGGCAGAGCGCGGACCAGGCAGACAUCGACCGGAAGCACGACAUCACACGCGCCAUACAAAAGUUCAGCGACUACACUGCCAGGAAACUUUUCAAGAUAGAAAAGGACACCACACAAUUCUUAUCGGGCACGAGUUUUCCCGGCGACCAGGCUGGAAUAUCCGUCCCGGACACGAUGUGCACGCCCAAGUCCGUGGGCAUCUCCGUAGACACCAACCCGUACGAGCCGCAUCUGCUGGCCGGCACUAUGGCGCAUAUGAUCGGACACAAUAUCGGCAUGGGCCACGACGACGGGCGAGACAACUGCUUCUGCCGCGACUGGCACGGCUGCAUCAUGGCGCAGUCCAUCGUGGGGCUGGAGAACGUGCAGCCGUACAAGUUCUCCGAGUGCUCCAAGAACGACUACAUCAACGAGCUGAAGGCAGGACAGGGGCUCUGUUUGCUCAACAAACCCAAUGAGUUGGUAGUGCAUCGUCAAUGCGGCAACGGGCGGUUGGACGAAGGGGAGGAGUGUGACUGUGGGACCAUCGCCGAGUGCCAGCACCUCAACCCCUGCUGUGACCCCUUCACCUGCCGCCUCACGAAGGAGUCUCAGUGCGCAGAAGGGGAGUGCUGUGAAAGAUGUCAGCUGAAGCUUCGCGGGGUCAUAUGCAGAGAGUCAACGAACGAGUGCGAUUUAGAAGAAACCUGCACCGGACUGUCCGGGGCAUGUCCUACAGACGCAUACAAAAAGAACGGACAGCCCUGUCAGUCCGGGAAAGGUUACUGCUUCGCCGGACAGUGCCCGACGUUAGCCGCCCAAUGUGAGAAGAUAUGGGGAACCGGCUCCACUGGUGCUGACAAGGAAUGCUUCGACCAGUUCAACUCCAAAGGAUCGGCCACUGGACAUUGUGGGAAGGAUAAUGGCGGAAACUUUAUGAAGUGCGAAUCGGAGAACGUGAGAUGCGGAUCGCUGCAGUGCCAGUCAGGGAACAGGUACCCGGUAGUGCCGGGAAUGGACGAGUUCUACACACGGACCGUUGUCACCAUCAAAGGACAGGAGUAUGACUGCAAGGCUACGAAUGGACCCCUGGAGUACUCCGAGCUCGGGCGCCUGGGGCUGGUGAAGGACGGCAGCCCCUGCGGAGACAACCUCGUGUGCGUCAACCAGACUUGUGUCUCCAUCUUCCCUUACAUCGACCACACCAAGUGCCCCACCGACCACAACAACAACGAAUGCUCCGCCAAGGGGGUAUGUUCAAACCUGAACAAAUGCGUCUGCAACCGCGGCUGGACAGGCCCGGACUGCUCCCAGCCGGACGCCCUGCCUCCUUCCCCGACGCCCUACGUGCCUGACAACGCCACCAAAGCUGCCUACAACAUGACCAAGAAGGAAACCGCGUAUGAGAACUACCACGGCUCGAACACGGUAUUCCUCGUGGCGGUGCUCAUGUCUGUGGUAGGGGGGGUAUUCAUAGUAUUUGCCCUGAGCGCUCUCUGCUACAGGUCAGUCGUAGUACACAAAAACUUCUCCCUGUGCCUAAGGAAAAAGAGUACGCUGCCCAAGUACGACCCUCCAUACUCAAAGAAGCCGAUUGCGAAGAGCUUCGCGGCCGGAUCCACCACCUCUAACAACUCGCAAGAAGACAUCUCCCUCGAAGGUGGCAAGAUGCACUCCUUCAAUAACACCUUCAGAAAUCUUCUCAGCCGCGGGGACUCCCAGCGAGUGAUCUUCAGACACGGGAAUCACAUGUCGGGAGCUGGCAACACUAGCAGAUAUCCAGAUCACAAGCAAAUGAAACGUGUGCACUCUGGUAGCGAAGAUGAACCAACACAUUCAGGCGAAGAAGACAUUGCCUUCAUAGACGUCCAGCCAAAUUCGAUGCCCAAAUUGCCCGAGAAGGGUAUCCUGAAGAAGCAUGGUUACGGGGCGGUCGAUGGCAAAGACAAAUGGGGCGAUGACUCCCAAUCUGAGCAACUGGAAGCUGGUUCACAAUCUGAUGGACAAGAACCUGCGGGUGCCGUGGCUGAUAUGGAGUAUAAGUUUAAGGAUCUGAACGGUUACCACGAAAACAUAAUCGUGGCGCUAAAAACGGCAGCAGCGCAGCGAGCCAGCGCCGGGGCGGCCGUGGGCUCCGGCGACCUGCGCGCCCUGCAGGAGUACGAGUACCAGCGGGAGCGAGCUCCCAGCGCUGAGAAGAUUCACGACGCCGAACUAAGGAGACAAAGGGGUGAAGACGAAGAAGAUGAGCCUCCGCCGUGCGGGCCCAUCAGGAUCCGGAACCUGGAGGACUUAAUACGGCAGCUGGAGCACCACUCCAGCCGUCACAUGAGCCCCUCCGGCUCGGAGGACAUCCGGAUGUCGGAGACGGAGGCCGACCGACAUUAUAGGAUCGAGGGCGAAGUGCCAGCUCGUUGCCGAGGCCGCAUCGCUCCCACCGAGGAGGAAUCCCGCUUCGGAUACCCUCGCUUCCGGGGCAGCACACGCCACCACCCCGCCAUGUUCGCGGCCGGGGCGGCGGCGUCGCCCGCGCUGUUGCCCCACGGCGCACACGGCGCCCACGGGGCCAUGGGCGCGCACGGGGCGCUCGCCCACGGGGCGCAUCGAGCCCCGCCCGACGACGACGCGCUAUAUGAAACCGCCGACGCCGAGCGACUGCGCGACGCACCUGACAGCGAGAGUGAUGAAUUUAUUCAAGCUCAACAACAGUUAGCCCGGUGGGCGAGUGAAGAGGCGGUGCCAGCGGCGCGGGACUACUUCCCCUCGCCCACCUCCCCGCGCUCCCCGCGCUCGCCCGGGGAUAGCUCCGCGAGCGAGCGGCCGGCCGCCUUCCCCGAGUACACCCACUGACGCCGACGGCGCCGACAUGUGAAUACCGAUAGCCGACAAAUGUAAAUAAUCGAACUGCACUUACAUUUAACGAUAUGACUGAACAUUAGUAUUAAUACGUCAAAUAUGUGCUGUGCCGCCGCCGUUCUCUGUUGUGUUAAUGUUUAUAUUCGUUUUGAAUCAAUACGCUUUAUACUGGCCAGCCGAGCCGACUAGAUGUCUCGUUCGCAGCAGUGUUUAUUCUCCCGCAAACGAUCAAGCUUAUAAACUAAUGGCAUUGACAGAAAAUGUAAACAAUUACCUAUUAGGUGCUUCGGUCUACAUGUACAUUUUCUUAUGCCUUGGUCGCACUCAUAGUGACAAUGCGAAUAUUACUGUUAUCGCAAUGUGUGCGACGAAACAUUCGGGCGUUUUGGUCGAAUAAACGCUCUGUCCUCGUGAACAUUAUCUCGAUGUGAUUUAAAAAAAUGAGCAUAAUUCUGAAUACUUACUCGAUUUUCCAUAUGACUGAAGUAUAGUCUCUGUCGACGCGAGCUGUCUGCGAGCAGAGCAAGCGCCGCGUGACGUCACGACGUCUACUCGACUCGGCGAGCGGUAACUCUUGUCUUUGUUCCGCGACCGGCGGCGGAGCGGCCGUGUAACGGUAUGUUAGUGUUGACGUAACGUUGUCACUGUUAAAUUAUGUAAUAGUCGUAAGUGUGCGGUGUAGAGGUCGCUCGCGUCGAGCUCCUGGACUUCGCGCGAGUAGCUAACGAUUUAGAUAGGCGUAUAACAAAUUGAUAAUAACAAUAUUAAUUCGUCGAAGCGAGCUCGGCGACGUCACCCGAUCUGCGAGCUCAUUGUCUAUAUUGGUUUGGAGGCGAGCUAGUGUAUCGCGCUCUCUCUUUCACUAAUGUAUAGAGUAGCACGCACUAUCACUGUGAUUGGUUAGUGAACACUGCCUGGAAAUGUUAGGGAGCGUUUACAUUGCUCACUAAAAAGAAUCAGAACAAUAUUUUUUAAUGGUGCAAAAUUGAUGUACUUUUGAUGUUACUGUGUAAACAUUGUUCGUAAGAUAUUAAACAAAACUUGAUAUACAAUCAUCAAUAAUUUGUAACUUUAUUAAUGCAAUAUAAAACAUUAAGAAUGUAGGAAAGUAAUACUACAUACAAGACUUCAGUUUUGCACAAAAGAAUGAUUAUAUGAUAUUGUGAUCGGAAUUUAAACCUGCUCAAUGCUAGCUCGUCUCCUUAGAACAGAGUAUAGGCACCCGAUCGCCGCGCGUCCCGACCGAUCGGCAGGAGCGAAGUCGGGCUACAACCGUCCCCGGAGAGACAAAAACUUCAUCGCACUGUAUCACCUCUCCGAACAUACGCCCAACUUCACGUGACUCCAGAGAUACAACAGUAAACAUAACACCAAAAUGAUUAAAUCGAUCUUUUAGUAAAAAAAAAUGUUUUAGCAAAAUGAUUUCUCGUCGAUCGACUGUCACGCUGAGAUCUCGAACCGUACUCGAAUAAUUUUUUUGUAUCUAGAAUCAUAACGUAAACAUAUUCUAAAUAAAAUAAAAUAGUAAAUCUUAAUGUGAAUAUAAGUUAUUUCGGAUUUUAUCAGAUAUAUAUUAUGUAUAUUAAUAUUAUUAUAUUGAAACGAAUUUACGCUGGCAUGCUUUCAUGUAUGUAUGUUGAGAUAGGUGGCGCUUGCUGUGCGCUGCGGUGGAGGCGAUACCUUAGAAGGGAUAGUUUAGAUGUCUAGAUAUACUUACUAUUGAUGUAAAAAACGUAUAAAUGUUAUCGAUUGAUAUGUCCAAUCGACGAUAGUUAAUAAAAUUCAGAAUAAAAUAUCACUUGAUAUUAUAGUCACGCAUCGCAUCGCACGGCAAGUGGACGCCUUGUAUGUUACAGUUUUCCGUUUAUUUUAUUGACAAUUUAGGAUGUUAUCGUUUCAUUCGAAUUAGGUCGGCUUUCCACUAGAGCAGUGCGUUCGUGUGAAACUAUGCUGUUUGUUCAGCAUUUUCUAUAUGUAUACUAUUAGCUGUGCGAAGAAGUUAUGUGAGGGUGUUAUUAGAGAAAAACGCAUUAAUACAAACAUAUAAACACAUCACCAGAAAAAUCCCAUUUCUUUAAUUUGCUUGUCUGACUAACUAACAUUAGAAUAAAAUAAAAUACUUGUUCCGAAAAACGUAAGUUACAAUAACUAUUGAAAAUAAUUGUCCCACAAAACGCAGUCCCGCGCUGCUCCAGUGGGAAGCCGCAUUUACGCUAGGCUAGGUGGCGUCGCCACAGACAUUACUAGUAGGAACUUAAAGUGAAUAAAAUAUAUUGAAUAGUAAAGAUUAAUUCGUCUAGCCCAAGCCGAUCGACAUAGGUGCAGUGAUAUUGCUGUUCUAUUGUUGUUAUUGUUUUUCUUGUGUUGGUAUACUGUUGAUUUUAUCUAUGUGUUAGGGUGUGAUCUCAAUAGAGACAUGUUGCGCGACAAAAAGCUGCCAUAAAAAGAACAAUAGGUACUUCCUCAUGGAAUUUCCAUGCUUUUUACUACAAGCACACAUACUUGUUUCCGUUGUGUAAGAUCUAGCUUUUGUUCACGUAGCUUCGUAUUACAGUUAGAUUUAUAUUCAUUUUAUCUGCGACUUCAUUUUCGCACACACUACAAUAUACGGCUGUUUAUAGGAAUUGGAUAAAACCUACUUACUUUAUCACACUUUGAAGCUCCAUCGUUGCCAGUUUGUUUAUUACAGUUUGUUUGUUUAUUACAGCAGUAAUAAUAAAACAAUCAUUAAGCAAAUUCUGUAAUAUGAUAGAUGAUCGUUGGAGUCGCAAGGUCUCUUUGAAUGGUUACCGCGUCUCAGCAACCAAAGUGUAGGGCGCCCCCCACUAGAUUGAUCGACGACUUCCAGAAUGUAACUGGUACCGAUUGGGUGCAAAAAGUAAAAAAAGCGCAGCUAAUAUUAGCCUUAUCUCCAACAGUGGAUGCAUAAUUGAUGAUGAAGAUAAUGAUGAUAAAGCGUAUUUUAUUGACCAUUCUUUUAAGUUACGUUCCCCUUAAGUAGUCAAUUCCAAUUAGUUUAAUUUACUCUCUUAGUAGCUCACCAUCGUUAGGAUACAUCAUGUCAUAUACAUAUUACACUGCCAAUAUAAUUACCAACAUAGGUCAUUGUUCACAAGCAAUGCCGCUUCGCCGAUGUCGAUCACUAUUGCACGGAAAUGUUCGGUCUUAUGACCCUGUUUAAUGUAACUAAUCUCUUAGUUAAACGUUAUAAUAAUAAUAAUAAUAUAUUAAACAUAAGAUAGGUAUGUAAUUACCUACGAGUACAGGGUAGUCACGAAUAUUUACUCUGUAAGACCUUUUGUACACACGCAUAGUUACACUGUGACCAUUUUAUCUUCCAUUUUAAUUUUGUAGGCCCCUCACAUGGACUGUUAUUAUGACAUAUUAUGACAUUGAAAUUGUACCUAUGCAAUACCUAUGCGAAUACUGUAAUAAUUUUCGCAGAUAGGAGUUAUGUCUCAAACUAUGUUCAUGUUGUAUAUUUAGACGUAUACUUACGUAAUAUAAAUAUGAAUAACCAUAAAAUCUGUAUUGCCAAAUAAUUUCAAUGUCAUCCAUAACAUGUGUCCUCUUUGUAAAAUUGUAUGUCUGAGAGUGAGUGAUGAGAGGUCGACAGUAGUUUAUACUCGUAGGUGGUCAGUACGUAAACUGUACGUGUGUAUGAGAGGUCUAACUGGGUGCGACACUCGCCAACGGUGCGCAGGUGCGGGCCACAGACUAAAAAAUAACGUAAAUUACAUGUAAAACCAAUAUUACAGUAGGCUUGUAAAAUUUAUGUAACAAAUUUGUAGAUUUAACAAUGUUUGAGGUUAGUCUAGUGUAUAGUAUAUAAGGGUACAUACGAGUACGUUUAAUGAUUUUUAUCAGCACAAUAAAAAAACAACAUUGCUUUAAAAAAUAUGUAGGUCGAAAAAUGGAUGUAAAUAAUGUCUUUACAUCAACGCACAUUAAAUAAUAAUAAUAAUAUAGUUCACACGAGCACUCUUUUAUGGUACGUGAUACGUGAUAUGUGUAAAGGAGAAACGUUUUUACUGCCAUCUGUCUAUUAAUGAGUGUAAUUUCAAGUGUAGUAUUUAAGUGAGUUUCCUUUGCAUUUUGCUUGGAAAUGCAAAUUGUGUGAUGAAAAGGGAAUGUUGAGAAAAACAAUGUAUGUAAUCCUUACAGCGGGUCGUAUGGUCGUGUGCCUUUGCCCUACGCACCGCCGCAGCCUAUGUGAGCCAGUAUAUCUACCUCGUAGACGGAGUGGCAUAUAGAACAUAAACUAUGUUCAUUUUGUUAUACUAGACUGUUGUAUGUAAAAUGUAUGUUCGCUCAUUGUGUAUACAUAUAUGAAUGAAACAAAUGCCUUAAAACUAAAGUCCUUUUCAUGAAAGUAGUCCUCCAGACGCGGCGCAUUACACAUUAUAUAUGUAAUGAUAUGACCGCCAUUAAGUUAUUAGUCUUAAUGGCGGUCAUAUUGUAAGACGCUGUCAAUUUUAGUUCAGGUUUUAACCGCGGGACUUUUUUCAUGAAAAGGACUAGCAAAAUGUGUUUUGAAAAUUACUGUAUGUCUCGGCUGCUGUUGAAUUAACAAAGUUAUAGUUUUCAUCUGUCUCUUUUUGUUGUGUAUAUCGCUCAUUAGUGUAUAUCUAGUGUGUGAGAUGGGUGGGUCUAUCUGUCUCUGUCUGCGGCGUACUGUCGCACAAAGCGAGUGUCAAGCCCAGAGGGCGUCGUGUCGCGAUCGCGUGUGUUAACCAAGCACGUGGGUGUUGUGGACAAGGUCCUUUAUAUUUAUUCAAGUGCAUACUAUAAUGGCAAUGAUUUCAUAAUAUUAGAUACGUUACGUGUUCCAAACUACUCACUGAGCGCACGCAUGCACAAUUUUGUGUUAACUUUCAUUAGUUAUUUAUACUUACAUAGUUUUUACACUUCCUGAACACACAACUCUGCAUUUUAGACAAUAUUUAGGUAUUAUGCUCAAAUAACUUUCAUUGUUUAGCGACUAAAUGAAAUUGGGCCAAUUGGGUGAUUUUGUUUUGACACGCUAGUUCCAUAUCUAAUAUCAUAAAAUCAUUGUAUAAUGAUUAAAAAUCUGUGUAUUUGAACUAAAUAUUAUUUAUAACAAGCGUAGUCUUAGAACCCUGUUAUAUGGACCACUGUCUGUACAGCUCGUAUGGAUUAACUUGACACCUGGCUCAAAUGAGUGUGUACUGUGUUUGUAUGAACGUGCUUGGUAGCCAGGUGUCCAGUUAAUGCGCACGGGUUAUAUUCACUCAUGUUUAUUCUUUCAUUUACAAUAAUCUUUAUAAUUUAACAAAGGGGUGUGGAUUUAUAUCCUCCUUCUAACAAUUUAGCCCGUUUCCAUCUUAGAUUGUAUCAUCACUUACCAUCAGGUGAUAUUGUAGUCAAGGGCUAACUUGUAAAAAAUUAAAAAAAUUCAAAAAAAAUCUUAUACAUAGCACAACCUUUACGUUUAAUUGGGAGGGGAAAUAGAGUAUUUUUUUCGUACAAACUUAGUUACUUUAAAGUAUGAACUUAGUUAACAAAAACUUUAAUUUGAUUUGCUUGAGUUAGAUUUGUCUGUUCGUAGUGUGAACCAGCGGCGAAGAGUACAUGCAAGCUGAUUUCCGUCGGGUUACCUUUAAAAAUCCAUGCAUAUUCAUUGUUCUAGAUAUAUGAUAAACAUGAGUUUGUUUCACGUUAUAUGAAUUUAUUUUUCUUUAGGAGGGCUUACCUUCAUCUAAAUUUCAUCCUUCGCCACUGGUGUAUAGUGACUCUAUCAAUGGUUCAAAAGGCAGAAUUAGAUGAGAAGAGUGGGCGAGAAACUCAACAGAAUAAAAUUUUGGCCUAUAAACAUAUACCCACAUUAAUGUCAUUGUUCCUAUAAGAACAGGUUUUGAUGAUUAUUAUGAUACUGAUUAUAAUAAUCAGGCAAAAUAAAUGUUUUUUGAACAUCACUAAUUUUCCCAUUCGCAAAUUAAACGCAGCCUAUGUUCAGAUAUAACUGCUAUAAAUAAAUCUACCCCCUUUUAAAAGGAGGUAGGGCAGACCCAAUAGUGGGUCAUUAAAACAGCCUGUUGAAACUAUAAAUAGAUUAACGACCUGUUUUAAUUACACGAUUGAUUUAAUUAACCCCAAGGUCCCCAAGCUAUUCGCAAAUAAAGUUCUUAAAUACCUAACUAGUUAUUUAUAUUAAAUAUUGAUUUUUGGAUUAUGAAUUACAAUAAUUGUAAGCCAAGAUGUCAAUAUUAAAUAAAUCUGCCUGCGAACCAAUGUAGAGUUGAUAUAAAAAUGCAAACACGACACUACUUUUACGAUUACUACUAGAGAUGCGCCGACUAGUCGGCUAGUCGGCUAGUCGACAAAAGUCAUAGUCGGCGCAUCUCUACUUAUCUGUAGUAUUCAAAUAUACUUCGUUGUUACAAUACCUAUAAUAUUUGUUGUUUGACAAUACAGUAGACUAAAACUAGUUACCUACAUUAUUCACUAGGUAAGUACUAAAAAGAACUACCUAAUAAAUUACAAAUAAACAGAAAUAGACACCGCGCCACGAAACAUGUAGACGAGGCGCUAAUAUCUUAAUUUGGUAAUGACGGUCUUAUUGUCAUUUGGGGACUUCUUUCGUGGCGCGGAGUCUAUUUAGUGAAAUAAAGUUUUGACAGUUGACAUAUGUCAUUUGACGUCAUCCUUGUCCACUGCACGCACGUGACACGCGCAGGCCUAAUUCGUCAAUUGACGGCGCCGAUAAUGGCCAUUGCUCACGGUGGUGCUCUGGUGAAUUGCGAAUUAUCAUAAUUCUCAUAACUAUAAUUAAUGUUAGACCAAUCAUAAUUAUAAUUAGACCUAUCAUAAUAUUAGACCAAAUGACAAUUUUGACCAAACAUAAUUAAUGUUAGGCCAUGUCUACACUAGCGUACUUGCGCGAUGUUUUGUGUUAGAUCGAGUUUUGUAUGAUAUUUUUGAUCUGUUAUGUUAAUUGCACUUUAAAGAUUAGCGUCAAACUGCCAUUGAUGUAAAAAAUAUAGCUUUAAGUUAAUGUUUUAUUUAUUUUUUUGCUUUAUUGGCAUAAUUUUCAUUUGUUCAGUUUACUGACCAACCCACUAGUUACCUCAUUAUAAAGUAUAUCUCUUUUAUGUUUACAUGUCAGUAGUUUUAUUACUGAACGUAUUGCUAUGUUUCAAAGUCAUGCAUAGCCAAGCCAAGGAAACAGGCCAAUUCUCGCCGGAUUACCAUUAAAUCCAUCCAUAAAUAUUCAUUAUUGUAAUAAAUAUAAUUACAUGCAUGGAUAUAUGACAACAACCAAAUAUAUGACACAUCAUAAUUGGCAUUAUUUCAUUGCAAUAUAUAUAAGUUUCAGCUUUAAACUUGCUCGAUAUUAUUUAGUAUCACGCAAGUACGAACAUGUGUAAAAAGCAUUUAAUCCUCAGUGCCAAAGUAACACUACCUUCUAAAAAGAUAGUCAAUUUAAUGAAACAUUUACCUCUUUUUGUGUAGCUAGAUAUAUAAAACACCUGAAAAAUAUCAGGGAUGAUGACUAGGUUUGAAUAUAUUCAUUUUUAUCAUAGUUUCGGGUAAAUCAUCAAUGUAAACAAAUUUAUACAUAAAAAGCAGAGAUUAACUGGAUAUUUGCAAAAUAAAUCUAUACUAAUAAUAUAAAGCUGAAGAGUUUGUUUGUUUGUUUGUUUGAUUGAACGCGCUAAUUUUAGGAACUACUGGUCCGAUUUGAAAAAUUCUUUCAGUGUUAGAUAGCCCAUUUAUCGAGGAAGGCUAUAGGUUGUAUAUUAUCCCCAUAUUCCUACGGGAACGGGAACCACGCGGGUAAAACCGCGCGGCGUUAGCUAGUUAGAUUAUAAAAUUUCAAAAUCAAUUUUUGUUUAAAUUAGAUGAUCUAUUUAAAUUAGAUGAAAAUUCAUACAGUUUUAGCUUCUUUACGUUAAAUGUGACAUAUUUCAAUAAAUGAACUAUAAACAUAAACGAUCAAAUACCAAAGAUAUUAGUAAUUUUGUUUGACCGCCCAUACAAAUCUAACGAUCAUUAUGCACCUACGCGGUCAUUAAAUCGUACCAUUUUGUAUGGGGUGUUUUUCAGGGAUCCGUGGAAGCGCCGCAAAUCUGACCCUUUAAAUCCCUGUAGCUCCGAAAGUAAUGAUCGCAGAUACCCUGUUACUUUUACAAAAUUGCUUUACUAUUAGCAUACUCCUGAUUUCUAUACUAUUUAAAAACUGUCAUCAUCCCUAUUCUCAGCAAUAUAACUAUGGGUUCUUAAGUACUAUUUAGUCUUUAUAAUGUUUAUAAGAUGAUUGUUUACAAGGCAAACAUUCAUCUUAUUCAUUGCAGUAAGGUUGACUAUAAUUAAUAAGGAUUCCGUUUUUAUAUUUGAUCAUUCAGAACCAUAAAAAAGACCCGUACUAGUCGUCAUACUAUAUUUAACAUUGCAAUAGUUUGUCACCUUACCUGCUCUUCGCCCUGUUUUUUUGUACCUCCCUGGUGCUGUGUGUGCCUUAAAAUGGGCUAUUAUGGGAUCCUAGAUUCAUUUACUGAAUCUUCUAUCGCUCACCAAUGUCUAAGUUAUCGUCAAAUAGGAAACUCUGAAUUUAAAACUGUAAUAACACUUCAAUGAAACAAUCUAAUUUGUCAAAAUUAUGAUAAUUUGUAACCGCCAUCACCACCGAACUACUGAUUUAUAGGAAAUUUAAUGUUAAGUGAUAUUAUAUAACAUACGAAUUUGAACAAAAUAAAAAAGUGAACGUUGAUCACGUUGGACUUUCAGUUUUUAUUUUGUCCUUGUAAAUAUAUUUGCUAUAUUAUUUACUAAAUGAAUGUAACAUAUUAUUAAUGAAAGAAAAUAGAUGAACACAAAUUUU